UUGGUCUUCGUUUGUUCCGUUUCCCGAACACCGUUACACUGUUACACACAUAGUCCUUACGCCAUGAGUACUGAACAGACGUCCAACCUUUUGAGACUAGCCCAAGAGGUUCAGCAGUUGACGACUUUGAUAGUCAAUGAUUUGACUGCAGCCAACGUAUCAGAGCCUUCGUUCAAAACAACUUCCGAGCCCAUCCCCGAGACCCCUGAACACAUUAGCCUCCGCGCACGCCUCAAUGAUUCCGCAAAGGAUCUGCUACGCCUCGUAAAUGGGCCUAGGAACGAUGCAAGGACAUUCGUCUGUUACUUGUAUGACUUAGCUGCAUGGCAAGUGGCAUGUGAGUUCAACUUCUUCGAAGCGGUGCCUGAAGAUGGAGUGGCCCAUGUCAAAGAGAUUGCCGAAAAGUCUGGGGUGGAUGAAGACCGUGUGGGGCGAUUCAUGCGAAUGUUGGCAACCGACAGAGUGUUCGAGGAGGUGGACAAAGAUGUCUUCCAGCACACUGCGAGAAGCGUGCUAUACCUGAAGGAUAAGCAGUGGAGAGAUGUGAUGCAUUACCAAUUGGACGAAUUCUUUGCUGCUGCUUCUGAAACUUCCGCAAGUAUCAAGCAGUCGCCUUCGGAAAUAAACGGUUCCAAAAAUGCAUUCGUGACUCGACAUGGCACAACUCUCUUCGACUUUUAUAAGCAAGAUCCAAUACGAUCAAAUCGAUUCGCAAGUGCAAUGGCGGGAGUGUCGAGGUUGGAAAGACACUUCGAAAACCUGAAAGAUAGCUAUCCGUGGGAUAAAUUGGGUGGAGGGAAGGUAGUCGAUGUUGGGGGAGGUAGUGGUCACAUGAGCGUCGCGCUCGCUCGAGCCUUUCCCAAGCUUGAGUUUGUUGUACAAGAUUCUUUGUCCAUGCUUGCGUCGGCCUCACAAAACGACUUCGCGGACAUGAACGGCAGAGUAACAUUCAUGCCGCACGACUUCUUCACGCCACAACCGGUUUCCGGAGCAGGAGCCUAUCUUCUGCGAUAUAUCACACACAACUGGAGUGAUAAGGACUGUAUUCGCAUCUUCAAAGCCCUGGUCCCUGGUCUGGAGAAGAGCAGCCCAGGGACCCCGCUCUUGAUCAACGACGCUGUGCUACCGGCGCUUGGGACGAGCUCCAAGUACCAUGAAAAUCGAAUGCGCCAGGUAGACAUCAUGAUGAUGCUUGUACUAGGCGCAAAACAGAGGACCGAGAAAGAAUUUGAACGGCUGCUCGUAGAAGCAGAUCCGCGCUUCAAGAUCAAAACCAUUCAUGGAAAGGGAGAUAUGUGCUUGGUUGAGGCGUAUCUGGAUGUCCAGGGUGACGUUGCUUGUACGACUGGAGAACGCAAGGAGAUCCGGGCUCACCUCUAAUUUGUCCUGCUUUUGUCUUCCAUUAGUCCAACCUGAGUUCGGACUUAGCGUGUAAAGUACUUUAG